AUGAAGGUCGUGUUGCUGUUUUGUGUCCUUUUUGGACUUGUCAUUUCAAUCAAUGGUGCAGCUGUUGAGGAAAACUCCGAGGUGUCGGACAAGGGUGUCCCGGAAGAUGUGAGUGUAGAGGAGGACUUUGUUAGCGAUGAAGAGGAAGAUCCAGAUAAUGAAGAGCCCUCUGAGGAUGAGAACAGUGAUGCUGCAGAACCAGAAGAGGACAGUGACGCUGCUGAACCUGAAGAGGACAAUGCAAUAGCUGAAGGUACCAAUUGUUUAUUUAUCCGCAUAACUCUGAGAAAGAUGAAUCUGCAUCAGAUCCUGGAUAUUACCGCAGAAGAUCCUUGCGCAGACGUAGUUUCCGCAGACGAUCCUGGCGUAGACGAUCCUGGCGCAGACGAUCCUGGCGCAGACGUAGUUUCCGCAGAAGAUCCUGGCGCAGAAGAUCCUGGCGCAGACAUCCUGGGAAAUUUUCAUAUCGUAGUUGUACUGCUACUAGGCUUUUCGUGCAAAGUCUUUGGAGACGAGCAGCCACUGUUGGCAAAUCUAACGACAAAGAAUAUCAACGAGAAGUUGCUUCGUUAUGAGAAGUAUGAUCGUGCAGCGGUGUCAACAGACAAUGAAAUAUGCUCCACCGUGGCCAAGGACAUUUUGAUGAAGAAUGGCUCCGCAGUGGACUCGGCCAUAGCUGCGUUAUUCUGCCUUGGAGUGAUUCAAUUCCACUCCACUGGAAUCGGUGGUGGAGGCUUCAUGCUAGUUUACAAAAGAAAGGAUAAACAAUUCACUGCUUACAAUUUUCGAGAAACAGUGCCUAUGAACACUGAUUUGAAAGAGUUUGAAAACGAUAGGAAGAAAACAAAGAUAGGUGGACUUGCUGUAGCCGUUCCUAGUGAGGUGAAAGGCAUGAGGAUGGCGUGGAAAAAGUUUGGGAAAUUGGAAUGGGCAGACCUUGUACAGCCCUCGAUUGAUAUUGCUGAAAAAGGCUUUCCUGCUACGCGUCAUAUGGUUUUCCAUGCUAAUAGGAAAUCACACAAAAUAACUGACGAGGCUUUGAGGAGCCUCAUCACCGAGAAAGACGGUUCGAUAGUCAAAGUUGGAGCAACAAUUAAGCGACCAGCAUAUGCAAACACGCUUAGAAUCAUUAAAGACAACCCAGAUGCCAUGUACGAAGGUGAACUGGCAAAGGACAUCAGUGAUGACGUAAAGUCUGCGGGCGGAGUUAUGACCACAGAUGAUUUGAAAAAUUAUGCUGUUAAACUUGAGGAUGUUAUGAAGCUGAAGCUAGACAACCUAACUCUGCAUACGUUGCCUUUGCCCUCUGGUGGGCCUAUCUUGAUACAUAUGUUGAUGGUUUGCAGAGAGUUCAAUUUCACGAAGAGCGAUAUGGCAACAAUUGAGAAAGCGACUCUGACGUAUCACCGCAUUGCGGAGGCUUUCAAGUUCAGUCAUGCGUAUCGCUCGCAUUUCAGUGAUCCUGAUUUUGCGGUACACAAGGAAGAGUUUGAUAAGCUUUGUAAAGCAGUUAUUGACCCAGAUGUUGCAAGGUACCAGAAAGAGAAGAUAAACGACACAACAACACACGAUAGACAGUUUUAUGGAACUUUGCUUAGAGGUAAAGAAGACCAUGGUACUACCCAUGUAUCCAUUCUUGCUGAAAAUGGGGAUGCCGUGGCUGCAUCUAGCUCAAUUAAUGAUAAGUUUGGUGCGCUAUUUUCUUCAAAGAAGACCGGCAUUGUAUACAACAAUGAGAUUGGUGAUGCACACACGCUCUCUUCACCUUGGCGAAAGUUCACGUGGUCGGAAGAAAAUGCCCCGAGGCCGGGCUCAAGACCCCUCUCUGCAAUGGUACCUACAAUAUUGACAGAUGAGAAUGGUGACGUCAGAAUGGUAAUCGGUGGUUCUGGUGGAAGUAAAAUUACACUAAGUGUAGCAUGGGUUAUCAUGAUGAAGCUUUGGUUUGGAAUGGAUCUCGGGAACGCAGUGCUGAUGAGUAGGCCUUACCACACAUUCUUCCCUGAACAGCUCAAACUAGAAAGGGCCUUUCCUAUCAAGGACAAAAUAAUAGAAGGGCUCAAGAAGCGGAACCACAAAGUAAAAGAAAGUAAACAAUGUGGCUGCGGGGUGAUACAAAUCAUAUACAAGGACUGUGGCUCAUGUCAAAUUUUUGCAAAAGCUGAUCCAAGAAAAUAUGGGGGAACAGACGGAUAUUAG